UGAGAGCGAUGAGGAUAUGGAUGACUUGGAGGGUGAGGUUCACCCGAAGCAUGCAGAAGAAGAAGAAGAAGAAGAAGAAGAAGUAGAGCCUGAGAUAAUUGAGUCUGACAUUGAACUAGAUGAGGCUGAUGUUGUAGAGCCUGAUAAUGAACCUCCACAGAAGAUGGGAGACCCCAGCAUUGAAGUCACUGAAGAAAACCGUGAUGCUUCGCAAGAGGCUAAAUUUCAGGCGAUGGAAGCAAUUUCUGAAGGUAAGUUUGAUGAAGCAAUCGAGCAUCUUACCAAAGCAAUUCUGCUUAACCCCACCUCAGCUAUUAUGUAUGCAACCCGAGCUACUGUGUAUAUCAAAAUGAAGAAACCAAAUGCUGCUGUUCGAGAUGCCAAUGCUGCUCUUGAGAUCAAUCCAGAUUCUGCAAAAGGGUACAAAUCUCGUGGCAUGGGGCGAGCAAUGCUUGGCCAGUGGGAAGAGGCUGCUAAGGAUCUUCACUUGGCUUCAAAGCUGGACUAUGAUGAGGAAAUUAGUGCUGUACUUAAGAAGGUUGAGCCCAAUGCACACAGAAUUGAGGAACACUGCCGAAAAUAUGACAGGCUGCGCAAAGAGCGAGAAGACCGUAAGAUAGAGCGUCAGCGCCAGCGUCGCCGAGCUGAAGCUCAGGCUGCAUAUGAAAAGGCGAAGAAACAGGAGCAGUCAUCCAGCAGAAGACCUGGAGGUAUGCCAGGUGGUUUUCCUGGUGGCAUGCCUGGUGGUUUUCCUGGAGGCAUGCCUGGGGGUUUUCCUGGAGGUAUGCCUGGGAGCACGCCUGGUGAUACGCCUGCGAACGUAGAUUAUAACAAAAUACUUAAUGAUCCUGAAUUGAUGGCGGCAUUCAGUGAUCCUGAAGUCAUGGCAGCUUUUCAAGAUGUAAUGAAGAAUCCUGCCAACCUGGCCAAGCAUCAGGCAAAUCCCAAGGUGGCUCCUAUUAUUGCAAAAAUGAUGAAUAAAUUUGCUGGACCCCAGUGAGAGCCGAAGCAUGAUGCCUUCUUGAGUGGAAGAGAGUUUCUAUACUUACGAACUAUGACUAUCUUGACUUCCUUAAAAGAUUGUGUUUGUUCCAACUCUGUUAUACAGAAGAAGGUGAAGUAAGUUCUGGACUGGAACGUGAAUUCAAUAGACGACAUCUUCGAAUUCUCAACUUUAUUUGCUCUGCUUAUUCAACUGUAUUAUAUCUUUUGUGCAACUCAUUUGGUGCUUAUGUUACCAUUUUUAGUUUUUGGGUCAUAUUAUAUGAAGGUGGCCACUGCAUGGACGUUUUUGUAGUCUAGGGGUGUAAUUAUGUAUUAGGAGACCCAAUCACUUAUAAGUUAGUCCAUUUGUAGCU